CAAUUUACAUCAUCAUCAUCUUCUUCUUCUUCUUCCCCUCUGUUUCUCAGCAACACCACGCCUCUGCCAAUUCAGAUUCAUUCAAUCGAUUAUCAUUCUUGCUUCUAUCUCACCGAUUUCUCUUUUGAGGCAUAAGCUGGAUUGCCUCCUUUUGCAUUUUUUUAUAGAAAAGAAAAACAAAAAGAAGAAGAAUUUUUUGUAUUUGUGUUGUUUUUUAUGUGCCUAAUUUCGAAGAUUAUUUCUUGAGUGAGUGGAUGAGGAGGAUGGGAUUACAAUCUUCCGGCUGGAGGAGUAAACCAUAAUUUAUGAAUUUCAACUGAAUCUUUAAUCUAUCUAUCUAUUUAUACAUCUAUCAACACUCAAUAGAAUAGUGGAAGGAUUAGGUUAUGGAAGAGGCCUCCACUGCUGCUACUAGGGAAGCUGAAUCCUCGCAACUCAGCGAGAGUCCAACAUCUUCGUCUUCCUCAUCAUCAUGGCGCCCUAGGCCGCUUGCCUUCCGCCCUUAUUCCCCAACUAUCCACACUAAUACCAACCCCCAACAUUUGCGAGUUGUCGUCAGAAGACCGUUGGUUGCCCGCUUGACUAAGGAUAUUGUUGAGAUAUAUCAAUUAUGCAACCCUCAGUUCCGUUAUUCAGAAGAAUUGAAACUAAAGAGGUUCUUGACAUCACCAUCUACUGGACUUUUGAAUGAUGGUUGCGAUAAUGAAAACUCAGACCUAAUCCUUACCGUAAAUUAUUCCCUGGAUAACUCAAACAUAAAUCAAAGGUAUGUUGUGAAGGAUGUUCUUGGCCAAGGCACAUUUGGGCAGGUUGCUAAGUGUUGGGUAGCAGAAAUGAACAGUUUUGUUGCUGUCAAGAUAAUAAAAAAUUUACCUGCUUUUUACCAGCAGGCACUUGUUGAAGUUGCUAUCCUAACAACAUUAAAUAAGAAGUUUGAUCCUGAGGAUAAGAACCACAUUGUUCGGAUAUAUGAUUACUUUGUACAUCAGAAUCACUUGUGCAUUGUCUUUGAGCUGCUUGAUGUUAAUCUGUAUGAGCUUAUCAAGCUGAAUCAUUUUAGAGGAUUGUCGUUGAGCAUCGUGCAGUUAUUCUCAAAACAGAUAUUGCGGGGAUUAGCUCUUAUGAAAGACGCUGGCAUAAUUCAUUGUGAUCUAAAGCCAGAAAAUAUUCUGCUAUCUACAAGUGUGAAGCCACCAGAAAUCAAAAUCAUAGACUUUGGAUCAGCUUGUAGAGAAGAUCGCACUGUUUAUUCUUAUAUACAGAGUCGGUACUACAGAUCACCAGAAGUUCUUCUUGGAUACCAGUACACCACAGCUAUUGACAUGUGGUCAUUUGGGUGCAUUGUUGCCGAGUUAUUUCUUGGGCUACCAUUGUUUCCAGGAGUUUCAGAGUAUGAUCUUUUGCGAAGGAUGAUUAAAAUUCUGGGAGUCCAACCUCCUGAUUAUAUUCUGAGGAAUCUAAAAAACACUAGCAAGUUUUUCAAGUUUGUUGGGAGCAUCAACCAUGAUGACAGAGACCAGAAUCACAAAUGCAAUUGCAGCAUGUAUCAGGUUUUGACUGAAGAAGAAUAUGCAGCUAGGGAAUCGAAAAAGCCUUCUAUAGGAAAGGAGUACUUCAACCAUAUGAACCUUGAAGCAAUUGUCACGAAGUACCCUUACAGGAAGAAUUUGUCAGAGGAAGAAUUUCGUAAAGAAAGUCAAAUACGAUUAGCUCUUAUUGAUUUCUUAAAAGGGCUCGUCGAAUUUGAUCCGGAUAAAAGGUGGUCACCUUUGCAGGCUUCAAAGCACCCUUUUAUUACUGGGGAACCUUUCACAUGCCCUUAUAAACCUGCUCCAGAGACACCGUACAUGCCCGUUUCUCAAAAUGUUAAGGUGGACCACCAUCCUGCUGGGGGUCAUUGGAUUGCCACUGGUCUGUCUGUUAAUAAUCUAUCAGGAAGAAACAGAGCUAUGAUACCCAGCAACCCACAUUACCAAUUUGUGCCACAUGUGCAUCCAGGUAGUUACGGUAGCUUGGGGAGCCAUGGGAGCUACAAUGAUGGCCUGGGGCUUGGAAGCAGUUAUGGAAGUUUUGGUGACAACAACAAUUUCCAUGCAUUUUUUUCUCCGGCAGGACCUUCUGGAAUGAAUCUCUAUGCACAAAGUGGUAACUCAUUUCUUGGGAAUAGUCCUGAUACUAGGCGCAUGAUGCAACUACCACACGGCGGUGGAAUUGGUUUUAGCCCUGGAAAUUUUGCACCUAUGUCCCUUGGUUCUAGCCCUUCACAAUUUACCCCUCCUAGCUCCUAUAGUCAGAUUUCAGCAGGUUCGCCCAGACAUUACGGUCCUCCUUCUCCUGUAAGAGGGAGUUGUCAUGGAUCUCCUUUAGGAAAGAUGGCAUCAGGAAACCAUCACCACAGAAGAAAGAAUUGGUCCUAUCACAGAAAUUUACAUUCCCAAGAGACUGCAUCGUCUUCUAACUGUCAAGGAAAUGUCACCGAUAUGAACUUCUGCCAGCCUGAGGGGAACUCUCAUGUAUUUGAAGGUUCUCCAUCUCAUCGACAGCCCAACUUAAAUGCAUCAGCAUGGAGACCACCCCAAGGAGGGAGGAAUGUAGCAUCAAAUCACUCCUCUUCAUACAUGCAAACAGUCCAAGGAGGUGCAGUUGAAAAGCAUGAGGCUAGUAACUCACUGCCUGAUCCUGGAGACUGGGAUCCCAAUUAUAAUGAAGAACUUCUUUUGGAAGAGGAUAGUUCCGAUGUGCACAGCAUGACAAAUCAAUUUAUCAAGGGGAUGGACUUGCGACCACCUUCAAUGUCCAUUGAACCAUUGAGUGGAGCUGGAAAUUCAAGUCAGGUCUCCAGUGCUGCUCUUUCAGUGCAAAGGCACGAAGGGCCUAUUCAGUCUUUUUCUCUUGGCGAAGCAGGGAGCAAUCCUCCAAUCCAUGGUUAUGUCCACACAGCAUAUUCAACGCCUCAUUUGCCGCUGAAUUCUCCCAGCCGCUUGGGGCAGCAGCCACUUCAGCGGCACAACAUAGGGAGAUCAGCUCAAUUUCACGACGGAGGACAUAGAGGGAACUACUCGGUCUCCAAUACACCUCAUGGAAGAAAAGAUUACAGAAGGAAUGCAUAAUGUAAAGUGUUAGGAGGAGGAGGAGGAGAAAUCAUUAUUUAUAUGUUAGCAUUCCAUUUCCUGCAACUUGUAAUUUUUUCCUUUUUUAAAUACAUAUUUUUUUCCUUGAGAGUUUAUUGAGAAAAGAAUGAGUAUCGACGUGGCUCUCUUGUUUGAAAUGGGUAAAAGAAAGAAAUUGAUAUGGGGAUCGAUAUAGCAUUAUUGAAAUGCUUAUUUAUUUA